CCAUCCCCGCUUCCUCCCCCCACCCAUUUUUCUUUUUUGGCCGUGCCUCCCGCUUCAUCCCCUAUUAUGGUAUCGGGAACUGGACGGGAGAAAGAGCCAGGCACGGGCUUCUCAAAAGAGGUGGAUGGAGGUGUUCGCCCCGUUUAACUUAGACGGCGGUGCCGGGCUGGACGGGCGCUCCUACCCCGGGCACGGGUUGGCCGUCGCAGGGCUCCUACGGUUGGCAUCACGAGGACGAAAAUAAUAAUUAACUGUAGUCAGAACUGUAGGACCCGACGGAUAGUCCUCUGUCGACAUUAGCCAGCCCCCGACCCUGCUUGGGUUACAUCUUCGCCAAGGAGCUCUCGCCUUCAAACUUCGGAACAGAACCUCAGCGGCCGGAUUGUACAAGAUUACCUGUGACAUGAAUAUAUCUGUGGCAACUUUUGCAGGGGGCCUGUGGUUUGUGUGAUGAGAAGAAAAUGGACCUCUGGGAAGUGCUUUUGAGAAAGUGAUUACAGUUCCAGAUUAUCUCUCAGUGUGGUUCCAAAUUGAGAAAACCCCAACAUGAAUACAUCACUUCUCUCCUCCUCAGUAGGAAAUUAUUCUGUUCAGAAUUUCACAAAGGGGACAUCCGGACUUCUGCGCUUUCCAGAUGAUGACUGUCCCGUGCCUUUGGCCAUGAUUUUCACGUUAGCCCUGGUUUAUGGUACUGUUAUCCUUCUUGGAAUUUCUGGAAAUUUGGCCUUGAUCAUCAUCAUCUUAAAACAAAAGGAGAUGCGCAAUGUGACCAACAUCCUCAUAGUCAAUCUUUCCUUUUCGGACCUCCUGAUCACCAUCAUGUGUCUACCCUUCACUUUUGUCUACACCUUAAUGGACCACUGGAUUUUUGGGGAAGUAAUGUGCAAGCUGAACCCUUUUGUUCAGUGUGUCUCUAUCACAGUCUCAGUUUUCUCUUUGGUCCUCAUUGCUAUUGAACGCCAUCAGCUCAUUAUCAACCCUCGGGGCUGGAGGCCAAAUAACAGACAUGCUUAUAUAGGGAUUGCUGCUAUCUGGAUUGUAGCAGUGGCUUCAUCGUUGCCUUUCUUGGUUUAUCAUGUACUAACAGAUGAGCCUUUCACAAAUCUAACAAUAGAGGAGUACAAAGGAAAAUAUGUGUGCUUGGAUUCAUUUCCAAUGGAGUCUAUCAGGCUUUCGUAUACCACAGCUCUCUUGGUGAUACAGUACUUGGGGCCACUUUGCUUCAUAUUCAUUUGCUAUUUAAAGAUAUACAUACGUUUGAAAAGGAGAUGCAGCAUGAUGGACAAGAUGAGAGACAAUAAGUACCGAUCCACUGAAACAAAAAGGAUCAACAUCAUGCUUAUUUCUAUUGUGGUUGCAUUUGCUGUGUGCUGGCUGCCUCUCACUGUGUUUAAUACGGUCUUUGACUGGAAUCAUGAGAUCCUCCCAGCAGCCUGCAGCCACAACUUGUUGUUUUUGAUUUGCCACCUCACAGCUAUGAUCUCGACUUGCGUGAACCCUAUAUUUUAUGGAUUCCUCAACAAAAACUUCCAAAGAGAUUUGCAAGUUUUCUUUCGUUUCUGUGAUUUCCACACAAGGGAUGAUGACUAUGAGACAAUAGCCAUGUCCACGAUGCAUACUGACAUUUCAAAGACCUCCUUGAAGCAAGCCAGUCCGACUGCAUUCAAAAAAAUCAGUGAUAGUGAUGAUGAAAGAGUGUAAUUUCUGAAACUCUUGUUGUGGGUGAUGCAGUUUCAUGGACAAGCACAAUCUUUUUUUAAAAAAAUAUUGAUCUCUUUCUUACCCUAAAGAAGCUCAAAAAUGUUGCUUUCAUAUCUGUAUUGUUCAACUACUGUUGUGUGUUUUUGUUUUGCUGCUUGUAAGAUCCAUCCAAUUUAUAUAUAAUGAACAGUGAAUCCCUU